CUUCAGAAAGUGCAUGAUUUUAUCAAAAGUCUAAGUGCGUGUAGGUAAAAGGUAAAGAAUCAAAGAGAAAUCUUAGUUCCGUCAGGUAUUGCGACAUAGCCUACGUCACGGCUUACCGCCUUCGGAGAAGUUUCAGGAAUCAAAUGCACGGAAGUAAAAGGCACAACAACAUUUGCUCGACGACGAGGUUGAAAUUCUAAUAGGCAAGAACGUACCAAAAGCCGCUUUGUGGUUUAUGAGAAAACAUUGAUAAUCAUGGAAUUGUCGUGGAGCGACAAUGAAGUUCCCUUGUCGUCAUUUGUGGAAAGAUUCACGCUACCACAGAUUGUUCAGGUAAUUAAUAUGCUCUGUUUGUACUUGAUGUUUGUGAAAUAAUUCACUUUUCCUUUGCAGUUUGUGCGGUAAAUGUACCCUAAUAUAUGUGUUGGGUUUGCAGUACUGGAAUAAUUGAAUGAUAUCAGUACAUAAUGUAGCGAAAUUACCGUUGUAACGGUGCGUUAAAAACAGAUAUAGUUGAUAAGGUAAUAAUAUAAUUGUUAUUCACUGUUACCUGAGUAUCCUUCAGCUAACUUUCCAUAACAUUCCACACGUUAACCUAAUAUAUAUAUAUAUAUAUAUAUAUAUAUAUAUAUAUAUAUAUAUAUAUAUAUAUAUAGUAGAUACUUGUGUGGAGUGCACCUACUGUAUAAUAUAGCUGAUAGGACCUCGGACAAAUGAUAUGAUAGCCGCGGAUAGGUAGAGAUUACGUCUUACGAAUUACGUCUAGCUUUACAUGCAAGUCUUUACAUGCAAAUGCAUCACGGAAUAUGUGAUAUCAAAAACUAAACUUUUAAUGUAUUUGUUUUACUGUAGUAGAAACUUUGAAAAUAUUCUCUUAUAUUCUCAUAUUAUAUUCUCUUGAGAAGUACUCGGUAAUAAUUCAUAAAGUUUAUGUACGUGUAAUGUCAUCGGUUGCCACUUAAUUAAAAUCUCGAACGUUGCAUGCUUGGACGCCAUUGUUGAGAUAGCGAAGAAUGCAAUUGUGUGUAGUCGGCAAGUACCUGAACGAUAUCAACAUGACUUUGACGUUCCAAGCGAAGGCUUAGUUUCGUGUGGAAGUUAUAGUAACAUAUAUUAGUUAAAUUAUAUCGUUAGUAUCGUUGGGGUUCCAUAUUCACUUAAUUUAUAUCCUUGAUUUUACGAUUAAUAUUGCAUUCUUUCUCUUUCGAAAUUAUGUACUUUAUAGCAUAUGUGUUUUCUUAUUUAGCAUAUGUAUACAGCGAUGUAGAUAUAGUUCACGUCGUCUUUCCUUUUGAAUUGUUGUGGUAAAUAUGUUACCCUGGUAUAUAUAUAUUACAUAUGUUGCAAAUUAUUACUUACAAUCACAUGGAAACACGCAAUAACAAAUGUAAUAUUAUUUGGUUCAUUUAGAUUAUCCGCAGGGCCUUAACUAUGUUCCAUUGCUCGAAAUAUAUUUGCAUAUUCGUAAUUCAUGUGCCGUAUAAUAAUUGUUGAGUGUGUUAUUAAGUAUCUUAAGUGUGUUGUAGCAAUCGUCAUAGGUCACUCGCAAGUGCCUUAGCAAGUGCCUUAAAAAUAUUUCAUCUCUGAAAUCUUGGGUUCGAUUCUCAUUGCCCACUCGUGUGAAAAGAGUUUGGUCAAAGUUGUGCCAAAACUUGUGGGUUUGCUCAGGGUAGGGUGCGUGGGUUAGGAUAAACACAGUUAAGAAAGUAAUAUCACAAUUGUUGUGUUGUGUAUUGAUAAAUUAGUUAGGUAUAAACCUAAUAAUACAUGAUGUAAAGUUUGAUCUUCUUACGAGUUAACCCGCGACCUUCAAUUUUCCAAAACGAUGCUCUAUCGUCUGAGCUACAAGGCCAAUUUGAAAACAAUGUUGCGUGAGUUUUUUAAUCUUGAUUGAGUUUUUUUUGUAUUUUUAAAAUUUCUUUCCGUCUUGCCCAUGGCAUAUAUCAUAACAUGUACUGCGGAAUAUUUACAUUAAAAAAAAUUAGAUUAAUGUUAUCGUAACUCGCUUUGCAAAUGACAAAUGUGCUUUGAUUUUGUUACCCGGCUAUAUUAUAUAAUCUGCUCGAAAGAUUAAGUCUGGAGCGUACAUGCAUGUACGAGCUGGGCAUGUAUACAAACUCUUACAAAGUAGUCACGAUUCUAUUAACGUCAAUAAACUGAUUGGAUGCUCGUAUUAGACACUAUGAUAUACUCAAUUAUAGAUUUGGGCCAGUUAAAAUAACUUUAAAAACUUGUAUGUGAAGGAAUUUUUAGGACUCGUGAGAAAGUAUUCUUCACGGCAACGCCCAGGAAAGAUUAGUAUUAACCCUUUAAGUGGGCAUUGCGUGCAUGAUUUGUUGUUUUCUCUGUCUACAACGCCAGACUAUUUUCCUAGAACUGUCUAAUGUCUAACGGCAUAUGAUCGGGGAAAGACUGGUACUCAAUGCCAAUUAUGGGUCAAUCCGACUAAAUCUUGUAGUUUCGGCUAUAGUUAGGCCACUUUAUAUCCACAUUAUAUAUAGUAAUAAUACACUAAUCAAGGCUGUAUUAUCAUGGUUUACUCUGUGGAAAUAAGCUUAUCAAAUGCGUUGAGUAUAUGCCGGAUUUUGGAGCCGUCUUCAAAUUUGACGGAACGAUUUCGUGUCUGAGAAGUGAAAUGUAACCGGACAAUGGAACGAGUUUGCUCUUUUGUAAAUUUGACAGCUUUCUGAUAUUCUGAGGAGCAUUUGGUGAAAAUUUGAAGAAGAAAUAGGAUGUAUAUUUUCAGUGCGCAAUGAUCGUAUGUAUAUUUAAACACAUUCAAGAUAGUGGCGGAUCCGCCUUCUGAUCAUCAGUGAAAAAAUGCGCUGCAAAAAUUUCUUAGGGAAAUCUACAAUUCUGAUCAAAAAUCCAUGACACACUUAGUAAAAAUAGCACUUUCCGUAACAGAUUUCUUAUUUAAUUGUACGCAUAGGCGCAUUGUAUUCACAAUUUUAUGUUCAGACCCUCGUUCUCCAUUCAUAUAGUGUAACACCUUGAGAGUCUAAUUACACACAGCAUUGUGUGGAUGGGGGGUGGGGGUAUGCUUUUUAUUGCGUCGCCAGCGUUGGGUGUCAAAUUCCGAGCACUGUUGAUGUACAGUUUGCCAAUAUGUUUUGACCAGGAUUGUAGUGCAUCGAUUGUUCAUGUGACUGCAAUAAUCAAGCUUCCUCAUAAGGCAAUCGGAGACUGCAUGCAUACUUCCCCAGUGGGGUGUGUUUUAUAAUAAUCCCAUAUAGUUUGGUCAGUUGCCAACCGUGUUUACUCGUCUGAGCGCUGCGACAGUCUGCUGCUUAUUUGAUGGCGCCGCUUUUUAAAAAUUAUUUUUAUUUGUGAAAGAUAUUCACUGGAAAGAGGAAGAGAAAAGUUUCGCAAUCGGGAAAUGCGAAUCUCCAAAGCCAUAUGAAAAGGGGCCAGAAGACCCAAGAGAAUUGUCAUUUGUCACAACUUCGUUUAUUAAGGUUACAGAACACCUUUGAGUGUUAAUUUUGCCUAAAAUUUUUUUAUUGGUUUCAAUGAAAGCAUUAGACUAGUUCUACUAUCUGACCAAUUUUGAACGAAAAAUGUUGAAAACUCGCAGAGUUAUUUAGUAAAAUACAUUUCGCUGCAAUAAGAAAAACAUUGAAAAUGUAAUAUUCAAAUUCAAUUUUCUCACGAAAAAUUUUACGGUAAUUACUGAUUUUCAAACGAGUUGUGCUCCUGCGGGUUUUAACCAAUUUUUCUCAAAUUUUUACAGGGCAUAGCUAAGGGACGGACCAUUUGAUUUUUCAUGGGGGGGGGGGCGCAUUUUUGAGAGUGCUCGAUUUUUUUUGGACCUCACCGACUCCGCACGAUUUUUUUUUAUCGAAUCUUGCUGCGUGCACGAUAUUUUUUUAAAUUUUUACUAUAGCGUUAGUACAAUAAUAACCACGUAUGGUUAUAUUCCGGUUGAAGAAUGUAUUUGAAUAUACAGCAUAUAACCACAAAAUAGGAAAGUAUAGCAGAAGUGUAACCCACGAAAAUUUUAACUCGCUCACGCCAUCCUGGCUAGUACAGCCGGAAAUUUUUAUCAGGUUUUGAUAGGUACAAAGUGCCGGUUGUACUGGCCAGGAUGGCGUGAUUGAUGAUCGGACGAAUCGCUUGUAAAAACGCGGACAAAUACUUGCUUGAGUGAGACUUCUGGUAUACCUUCCUAUUCUAUGAUAUAACUAUCACAGCCCAUUUUAUACGUGGCCAAUUUUAUACUUGGCCCAUUUUAUACGGGCUAUGGUCUACGAAAUGUAGACCAUAGUCCCAAUCAAAAUUGGAUCAAGUGUAUUAAAGUGUGUAACCCAUUUUGCAUUGGCGUAAUGGCAUCUAUAUACAAAUUCUCACGGUUCCCAAUCGUAUCAGUGUUCCCAUUACGUAUUAUAAACUGCGAUUUUUAUUGAGAAUCAGAGAGCGAUAUUAAUGAGCAGGCUACCGUGAAUGCUGUUCGCAGGCUACCGUGAAUGCAGUGGCGUAGCCAGACUAUAAUUUUUGGGAGGGCAUAUAUCGAACGCCCAAGGCGUAAGCCUUUUUAGGGGGGUCCGGGGGCAUUCUUCCCCGGGAAAAUUUUGAAAUCUGGAGUCCCUCAAUGGCGAUUUCCCGUGUUUCUGGGGAGAGAUUUUGCAUAAUUCUGAAGAUUAUUUACUGCAGGAAAGACCUGAUUUUUAAUGAUUUCUCAAUAAUGUGGAUCCUUAAUUUGACUCACUACUUGGUCGCGUGUGAAUAGCUAAAUCGAAGUUUUAAAACGCAUUUUAACCAAUAACCACCAUAGGCAUUAUUUUAUGUAGUUAGAUUUAGGAAAGAUUAGAACUUUUAUAGACAAUUUGGUGAACAGAUGAGAUUGGUAGUCACAUGGGUAGUCAUCGUCCCCCCCCCCUAAUUUCUACCCGGAUUUCAUCUUUUUACAAGGGCAGUCCAUCAGCCUAUUGGGGGGGGGGGCUGAGCCCCCCCUGUCUACGCCACUGCGUGAAUGGUCAAUAUUUGAUCGUGUGAAAUGCUUGAUUUUACUGUCAUGAUCUGUGAUUUGUUCUACAGCCGUGAGGCGUGAUUGUCGAUAAAAAAUGUUCCGUGAAAUGGGAAUUAAGGAUGUCUGUUUCGUGAACUGUGAUUUUGAUUUGUUUAUUCCGAUCUAUUUUAUAAUAGUGAUAAUGGACAUAAUACGCGAUAAUAAUUUAUAUGAUCGAUCUCACUCGAUUGCACAAGAGUAGAAACUUUGGAGGCCUUUCGGAGAUCGUCGGACGUACUCAUCACUCAAACUUGUAAGUAGUUUUUAACUGCCAGGCAGAGAAGAGAAUUUAAAGCGUAGUAUACUGUACCAUGCAUUAAACAUAAUCUUAAAAGGGAAACUGAAUUUUUCUUUCAAUAUAGAGUAUUGCUAAUUUAGAAUUUUUUUGUGCUCGAUAUUUUUUUUGCUGCUGUUAGUGAUGUUCGAUAUUUUUUUCUUCCAUUCGAGACAUGCUCGAUAUUUUUUUUCGGAUUUGCGCCCCCCCCCCCCAUGAAAAAUCAAAUGGUCCGUCCCUAAAUACGUCAGUUUCAGAAUUGUGUUCGGCUUUUUUUUAAUUUUGGAUAUUUUAAAAAUAAAGAGCAAUUCACUCAAACAAUUCAGAAAUAUAUUGCAGUCGUCAAAGAAAUCGCCAUAUCAGCGGAAUGACGAAAUAAACAAAAAUUUCCGAACACAAUUUUUUAGAACAACUAUUUUACUGUAUAAAUAUGAUAUUUUCAUAAAUAUAACUUAAAACCAGCAGGAGCACAACUCAAAAGCGUAAAGGUACCGCGAUUUAAGAUUUUCCUGAAUAACUCUUACAUUAUUUUAUUGUUUGUCAAUUUUACAACUUUACCAUAUUUUGCAUGCACUGGAGAACAUUUGGUGAAAAUUUGAUGAAAAUCGGACUGAUAUUGAGCGCGCAGUAGCGAUUUUCCGCAAAACGCCAAAAAGGGUGUCCUGUAACCUUAAUAGUAUACAAAAAUAUAAAUAAAGCUGACAUGUUCGAAGGGACUGUACCUCAUCUUUGAAAUAUAAUAUUAUAACUUAAAAUAUAAUUGUUGUAGCUAUAAAGUAUAUACUUCUCACUAUUCUGACUAUCCUUAGGGUCUCUGAGUUAACUUAGCUAUAUGAUGUAGUUUUACCAUUUUAUAUAUGAAUGUUUGGAACUUACGAUAUGUAUAAAUCUUUUAUAAACGUUCGUACCGAAACUUGAAAGUCCUGAAAUUUGAAAACAAAAAUUCAAAAUCUUGAACAUAUAAAGCCUGACUUACACUAUCAAAGUUUCUGUAAAUUCGAUGUUGUAAAGGAUUUGUAAGAACUGUUUGAGGGAACUGACUUCAAUGGUGUUUAACAUUAAGUCAAUUCGCUCAAACAUUUCUUACAAAUCCUUCAAAAUAUUUCUUACAGAUCCUUGCACUGGAGAAUCUUAAUAAUGCAGUUAAUACUUUUAGGAAUAUAACAAAACUAAUUUAGAUAACCUGCAUCCCAAGGUAAAUACAAAUGCCAAAAAUUGUACUCCGGGGGGAGGGGGCACGACCAGGGGAUUCAUGCUUCCUUCCAGAACGUUUUGGAAAUGAGGUGUGCCAGAUUAGCUAUAAAAAUUUGCCAAACAACAUUUGUUACAUCAUUUAAAGUCUAUACAAUUAUUCACUAUUGCACUAUUAAGAUAUGAUGGAUACACUUAUAAUUGCAUUUCUGAGGUCAUACCUACACUACAGGUGACAUUCUUGUUAUUGGUUAGAAUAUUUCCUUCUCCUUUACCUCAAUUUUUACAAUAUAUAAUCUUGUUUUACUUUCUUGGGGAAAUAUUUUCUGGGACCAAUGGUCCCGUGGUCCGAUACUUUCUGCACCCCUGCUAUUAAUAAAUAGAGUAAACCAACAACAUAAUCUAACUUGUUUUUUUACAACAGGUAGGUGAAGGUUUAUACGGGGAAACGGAUGAAACCACGCUGUCCAGAGGUCAAGAACUUAACUUGCAUCUUCUUAAAGACACACAAUGUUACUCUGGAAUCACAGAGACGGGCGAGGAGCUACACAUCCCUUUAAACUCGCCUCAUAAAGUCCAUGUUUUCUCAGAGAAGAGGUUAGAAAAGUACGACUCGCCAAGGGAAUUGAGUGUUCUCUUUCCACAGAAAUAUAAACACGUGCGCUUACAAAGCAGCCAAGAGAAUUCAUCUGACAAUACUGAAACCAUCGAAGCUGGGGAGACGCUACGAGCAUUAUAUUUUGACAAGGAUAGGAAGAAUUUAGUUUGCGUCGAUAAGAAUGGGUGUGAAGUAACUUUAGAGAUGCAUCAGCUAAGCGCAAUCAAAGUGAUUGAAAAAACCGAAGAUCCCGUGUUCAUCGCUGAAGUAUAUCACCGCUUUUCGCUACCUCUUACUGUCCAAUUUAUACAACAGGCCAAUUCGUCCGUCCAACUCGCACGGGGUUUGAUACAUUUGAAAAAAGUUAUAAUCAAGCAAACUGUAAUUGCAACUUCGCGGGAUGUGGAUUCUAAUUCAAUAUUGACUUUUCCCAGUGCCCUAGAUGUUACGGUGAUAGCACCGCAAGAAACGACACUGGCACAUCCUGAGUAUCGUAAGUUGUGUGAGAAUCUAAAUAUGAAAGUUGAUUUGAAGAAAGUUGAGGAGACCAUAGAAAAAGAUGAAGAGGUUAGUUAUUACCGUAUUUCCUCAAUUAGCCUCUUCUAAUAAGUGUCCAGUCCAGAACCACUGGGGAGGGGCGGGGGUCAUUUCUUCCCCAUUUUUCUUGCUUUAGUUUUUGGAUAUCUUCUGAAAUUGUUUGACAUUCAAAACGGACAUUUUGUUGAAUUGAUGUUGUUUGUUCAUAUCUGACAAAGCUGUUUGAAACUUAUUAAAGUUGCGUUAUUGAAAAAUUUAACAUCAGAUUUUACUGAUUUCUAACCACUUUUCAUCAGUAUUUAGUCCUUGAAUUUGCUGAUACAUGGCCUUGAAUGUUCUUGAAAGUUCUUGAAUUUGAUUCUUCUUCACAUUUACGAACCCUGUAUUAAAAAAGCCUUGCCUUUCGCAAACGUGCUUCAAAUAACGAAUCAAAUCUGCGGCCCUACGAUCAAUCGAGUUAGGUUCUGGUUUAAGUUCAAUCGAUUAAGAUGCCCCAAAAACCUUGAUAUUUACUCAUAUACCUUUCCAUGGCAUCACCGUAAAAUACAUGAAUUUGCGGUCAGAGUUGGACAACUGGACUCUGUAGCUCAGUUGGUUAGAGCGCUUCACCGGAAUCGCAGGGCCGCAUGUUCGAUUCCUGCCAGAGGACCUAUACAGGGCCAGGGUGUUGGCCAGGCGGCCGUCCGACCGUCCUAGGGACGGCCACUUCUGAAUUUGGACGGCUACAUUUUAAUGGACGGCCAAAGGGAAUAGUUUUUUUAAAUAGCAAUGGACCUUUCCCCUUAUAACUAAAAUUUCGAUCUGGACAAAAAUUUCAUCACGGCUUGAAAGAGCAUCACAAAAUUAGUGAUAUUCUAAAGUUUUGUUGCAAAAUCUUGUAAAAUGCGGAUAAUAUAGCCUUUCGAAGUUUGCCGUUUUUCAGUCAUUUUGUAUUACAAACGGGAAAUUGACAUCCGAUUCGGGUGUUGGAGCUGCAAUUUCCCGUUUGUAAUGCAAAAUGACUGAAAAUUGCAAACUUCGCAAGGCUCUAUUUUCCUCAUUUUACAACAUUUCGCAACGAAACUUUGGAAUAUUACUAAUUUUGUGAUGCUCUUUCAAGCUGUGAUGAAAUAUUUGUCUAGACUUGCCUAGAUCAAAAUUUUGGUUAUAAGGGGAAAGGUCUAUUUACAAGCUUUGUAAUAUUUCUUGAAUACUUCGAAUUGUUGUCAUCUGCUGUUUACUUUACUUAUGGUAUAUGUUUUCAUACUUUUUCCCGUCGAAAACACGUUGAAUAUGGCUGAAUUGAAGUAUCGACGGACGUGUGUGGAUCAAAAAGUAAAAUGGUUCAACGAAUAGAACACCACAAUUCCACAACAACAAAAAAUUGCGGCCACGCCCAAAAACAUGUGACCACGCCCACAAAAAUGUGUGACCACGCCCAAAAAAACAUUUUGGACGGCCACUUUUGAAAUCCUGGCUAACACCCUGUACAGGGCGUAUAAAAAAACCCGAGUCUACCAUAGUUUCGUUUUGUGUUCAAUUUAAAGCUUGUUUUUUCAUCUUUCGAAUGAAGGGUUUCUUGAAAAUUUUGAACUAAGGCUAAUCGCAAUAAAAAGAAUUUAGUACAAGCGCUCGUUUUUAGACGCUUCGAAAUAUUAAUUUUCGAAGUCCCUUGGGGACUUAAUAAAAGGUAGCUUGCUAAAAUUUAGAACGUUGUUGUUUAAAACUUUACAAUCACCAUUCACAAUGCCAAAGAUAACAAUUCCGGAAAGAACAUUCAUUGUUGAAAAGUAUUUCGAAACAAAAAGCGUUGUUGCAGUGUUAAGACAAUUUCAAAUAGCUUUUCCAGGACGUAAUCUUCAUCGAGCGUUUGGCGUAAUGUCAACAAGUAUCGGCUGCAUAUGCUUUGAAUGGAAGAACCACCCCAUAAAGUUUAAAUCGAAAUAAAGGAAACUCGGGAAGAAGAAGACUUGUCUUGGAUAUGAGACAAAGAACGAACUUGUGUGAACUUAGAAAUGGAGGCCACGUUGAGUAAAUGUGUACUUCCAACUUAUUUUUGGAACGUUUGAAUAAAUUGUGAAUUUAACACAUCUACGUUUUUUAAUUUUCCAAUUGCACUUACUUAAAUUGACACAGCUCGCCAGCAAUAACUCCAAAUUUUAUAAAAUAAAGUAUAUAAAAUAGCCGAAAGAUCGCGAUUUCGAAAGAAUGCAAGUAUAAACGUCUAACUUUCAUAUUUGCUUUGAAAUUUACACUUCAUGUGAGGACUCCGUUUUUUUUAUACACCCUGUAGUUUCAUUUUUCGUAGGAGAAGGCUUAUAAUUGCAUUUUCUUGGUUAGGUCUGAUAAAUGUAUAGAAUUUACACCCGAAAUUUCCAUCUACAGAAUCCUUUAACAUUAUCAAAACUUGCCAUAUCAUGGACCUACCUGUAUAGUGAAAAUGUCCAAUCCACAAGAGGGGUUUAAAUUUUGGACAGGCGUGCAUAUUUGUAUAUCUGUAUUUGUUUUCUAGAUAUAUGACGAUGUUCAAGCCUGUAUUGUCAAAGCUAUUCCUUAUGCUGAGGCAUUUUUUGGCAACCGUGCUGCUCCAUGCACUUCUGCUGAAAACAACAAUAACUACGUUGAGCCUGACGAGUAUCUGGACGAAGAUAAUUACGUAGAUAUUGAUCGUAACCUUUUUACACGGCCUGUAGAAGUGACUCGUCAAGAAAGCCGAUCUACUACUUUGCCAGCCACAAGGAGUGAAACAAGUUAUGUGACGUUGCCAGGUCCUAACCAAGAGAACAGUGGUACAAAAAAACCUAUUACUCUGCCAGCCAUUAGAAGAGAAACAAGUCCUGUGACGUCGCCAGGUAUGAGCAAACAGAGCAGUCAUACAAAACAAUCUAUUUCUCUGCCAGCCACUAGGAGAGAAACAAGUCCUGUGACAUCGCCAAGUACUAGAAAACAGAAGAGUAGUUUCAUUAAAAAACUUACAAGGAAACUCAGUAAGGGAAGCAGUUCGGGUACGUUUGUGUUAAAUUUGCCCUAAUGCCCAAAUGUUUAUUCUCAUGCAUUGGAAAGAACAUUUCAAACUAUGCAGUAACUGCUUUUCCAUAUUUUGUUCCUUUGAGUUGUUUUAGUGUCUCACACGUUUCGUUACUCUGGUUUAAGUAAAUAAAUCUUCAUGCAACCAGAUAUAGUAUCAGAUAUGUUUCGCUACUCUGGUUUAAGUAAGUGAAUGUAAUAUAGGGCAAUAGGACAGGUCAAUCUCGAAACCAGAGCCUGCAAUCCUCUGAGGAGGCUUGCUGAGGCUCUGGGAAACACCAGUGAAAGUCGGGCUCUGAUUGGUUGUUUUUCAAGUGCUAAUUAUUAUUCAAACUUUG